AUGGCAGACAAAGAAACAGAAACCCAGGCCCCAGCGCAAACGGCUGAGGAUGAUGAGGUAGCAAACCUAGAGCAAGAGGUCACAGAGGGAAACUGGACUCGCCCCGAGGUCGAAGUGCACGAAGUCAAAGUGGAAACGGGAGAAGAAAGCGAAGACACUUUUUGGAAAUGCCGUUCAAAGCUGUACAGGUGGGCUGCUGGAGGCGAGUGGAAAGAGCGAGGCCUGGGCGAGGCGAAACUGCUGCAGCACAGGGAAACCAAAAAGAUUAGAUUUCUUCUGCGCCAGGAGAAGACCCUUAAGAUUGUAGCCAACCACUACGUGGUGGCAACUGACGUUUACUGCAAGCUGACGCCCAACGUCAGCUCCGAAAAGAUAUGGGUCUGGACGGUUAUGGAUUUCGCUGAGGGGGAAUUGAAAAAUGAGCAAUUUGCUCUAAAGUUUGGUCAAGUUGAACAGGCGAAGGAGUUUAAGGAGAAGUUUGAGGAGGCUGCCGCAAUUAAUUCGAAGCUGUUCGGCAUUGGCGACUCGACGAAGGAGGGAGAGAAAACAGAAGAAAAAGAAGCCGAAAAAAGCACCGAAAGCAAAGAUGAUGAGACGAAGGAAACCGAGGGGGCUGCAGCCAAGACAGAAGCAGCAGCAGAAGUGGCGAAAGAUAAGGCUGAAUCAAAGACAGAGAAUGCGUGA